AUGAUGGAUGAUAUUGGUUUAACAUCAUCGCCAUCAAUUGUGAAAACUAUAUGUUCACCAUUAAAUAAUAAUCGACAACGAAUAGAUUCCGCAUCAGUUAUUCAACAAUCUGAUGUUUCAUCAUCAAGACCAGCAUUACUUGCACAAGAUGCACUUGGGCCACUUCUUUUUGAGGCACUUGAUGGAUUUUUCUUUACAGUAAAUCACAAUUUUGAAUUUGAUUCUGUUAGUGAUAAUGUUGGACAAUAUUUAAAAUAUUCUCAAGAAGAACUUGCCGGAAGAAGUUUAUAUCAUUGUGUACAUCCAAGUGAUGUUGGUGAAUUUAGUAAAGCUUGGGCAAAAAAAGAUGCCGGUGAUUCCUUAACUACACUUGCCAAUAAUGAACAAUCACGUGGACGAACAUUCCUUUGUCGUAUGCGAACAAAUGAUGAAUCUACACCAUAUGUUCGUAUGAUUGUAUCAGUUGCAGUUCAUCGUGAUUCGGCCGGUAGUGAUAAAACAUUUUUAAUUUGUAUUGCAAGACGACCAUCAUUAAAUGAUCCAAGAGAUAAACCAUCUUUACUUGGUUUUGAUCAAUUUUCCUCACGAAUUAAUCUAAAUUAUGAUUUAGAAAAUUUAGAUUCAAGUCAUAUGAAAUGUGAAACAAUUGAUAUGAAUUUUCUUGGAAAGAAUUUUCGUGAUUAUGUUUAUACUCAAGACAUUCCUUCUAUUGAACGACAUUUUCAAGAAGUUAUUGAAAAAGGUGAAGCAAAAAGUACUGUAUAUCGUUUUUGUCUUCAUGAUGAUAUUUAUGCAUUUAUCAAUACUCGAAGUAAACUAUUUCAUAGUUCAUCAAUGGGUCAAUCCGACUCAAUACUUUCAACACAUACUAUCAUUCGUUUAAUUGAUAACAUGCAAGAUUUAAAUGGUAAUGCAUCAACACGUUUAAUGAAAUCAAUUAUUACGUCAAAUCGUGAUUUACAAAAGAAUAAACAGCAACAACAACAACAACAAACAUCAAAUAAAGCUCCUACAACACCGUCAGCACAACCUAUUGGUACACAAUUUGCAUUAACGAUGUUAGGCAUGCAUAAAAAUGCAUCAAAUUCAUUACAUCAACAUGUAUCGAGUACAUUAGGUACACUUUUACAAGUACAACAUUCUCUAUCUGUACCAACAACAUCUAGUCCAAUUGAUAAAACUCCAACACAAUUAUUACCAUCACCUUCAUCUUCACCUACACAAAAUCAUCGAUUGAAUGCUCAAAAAUCAACUACACUUGAUAGUGUUUCUUCAUCAGAUACUGUCGAAUUUGGUAGUAAACGAACACCUUUUAGUCCUUCAUUAGGAUCAGUACAUUCCAAUCAUGGUAGUCUUGCAUCACCAGUUAAUUCAUUUGAUUUAUUUUUCCCAUCACCUACACCAAAUUUAACAAAUACGAAUGAUUUAACUUCAUUACCAUCAUCUCCAACAAAUCAUUUAAAAUCAUCAUCAUCACCAUUAUUUUCAAAUAAUGAUAUAUAUACAACAUCAUCAAGUCCAAAAUCUAUUCAUCCUAUGUCACAAAAUCCUUCUCGAAGUUCGAAACGUUUAAGACAAUUAUUAACAAAUAAAUCUCCUUCGAAAAAUGAUAAUCCAUCACAAAUUUUACAUUAUCUUCCUGAUACAAAACUUGAAGAUCUUACACAAGGACCUGAAAGUCCAACAACAACACAUGUAUCACCAUUAUCAACAAAACGUCGACGAAAACCAAGUUCAACACAAAAUCAUGCGGCUGAUAUUUUACUUAAGAAACUUUUAGGAAGACAAAAUUCAUUUUCAACAUCACCAACUAAAACAGAAUCAAAUCAAAGUGAUGAUAGUUCACCAGGUGGACAAACAACAAAUAAACAACGAAGUGAUAUUUUUCUUCGAACAUUACUCAAUGAUCAAAUCCGUCCACAGAAAGUUGUUGUCGAAGCACCAUUUACACUUGGUUCAAGAAAUAAAGUAAAUCGACGUUCAUCAAGUAGUACAAAUAUUUUAGUUGAAAAUAAUAAAACAAUAAGUAAUACUACACGUACAACGUUAAAAAGUCAAUUAUCAUUGCAAACAAGUCAAUUGGAAGAUUCAUGGGAUAAUAAAACAAAGAAAAAACAACGACAAUAUUCGAAUAGUUCGGGAAUUCAAAAUAAUCCUCAACCAAGAAAACCUGGAAGACCAAAACGAGAUCCAUCGGAUUAUCUUUUAGGAGCGCUUAAUUGUCAAACACCACUAACAGGUUUAUCUGAUGGAUCACUUGAUGCUUUAUUAGAUGCAUCAGCUCAUCUCGAUCAACCAUUAUUGGAAACAUCAUCACCUAUUGUACUUCGUCGUCCAAUAAAACAAACAUCAGUAUCAAAUACGUUAACAAUGAAUGUAAAACGUUCAAAUGAUAAUGACGAAUAUUUACAAAAUUCAAGAAAACAACCAAAAUUACUUCGACAAGCACUUGAAGAUGAUGUUAAAAUUGAAUAUCAAGAUCAUUCAAUCAUUUCACCAUCAACUGCGGUUGCUGCUACAAGACAACUUAAUCAGUUAUCUCAACAUACGGUGAAAAUUGAACCAGAAAUCUAUGAUAAUGUUUUAUUCAAUAAAACUCCUCCAUUAUCUCAAUCGCAAGCUCGUCGACCUAAUACAAAUAAUAAUACAAAUUCUUCAACAUCGAAUUCUCAAUCAACAUUAUUACGUUCAUUAAUACGUACACCACAAACAAAUUCAUUAGCAGCUAAAAAAGAUGCACCAUUAUAUGAUCUAUUACAAAAUCUUGAUAAUACAACAUCAAAUGAUACAUCAUUACUUCCUGAAAUGAAUAAUUCAGUUGAUCUAUUUGAACAAUAUUUAACACCAGUUCUAUCGCAAACAUCAACAAAAGCAAAUGUUUCAACAAAAGAUGAUUAUUUAGCUGCAUUAUUACGUGCAGAUCCUCAACAACCCAAUGAAAUAUCAUUUAUUCCAACUACGAAAGAUCAAACAUCAAAUGAUAAUAAUCGUAUAACAGCUAUUGCAAAUGAUUUACUUAAUUCAACAACAAAUGCAACUAUGAAUAAUUCCAAUGAUGAUUUUCUUUCAUUAUUAGAUAAUAAAGAUUUUCUUGAAUGUUUACAUGAUUCGUCAGCAAUUGAUACAAUUUUAUCACAAAAUUCUUCAAGUCUUAUUGAGCAAACAUUUCCAUCAACAACAAAACGUAGCGACAAAGAUGAGAAAGCUAUUGGUGAAAUUUACAAGACACUUGUGACUUCAUUUAAUCCCGGUCCACCACCACAACAAUCAUCAACACUGGAUUCUCUACUGAACGAUAAUAGUCCUUUCAAUUCUAUUACCGGUGAUUUUCUUUUUCCUGAAACAUCAAAUCGAACAGUGAAUCCAGAUCCGUUACCACCACCACCACCUGUAUAUCGACAGGCACCUGUUGCUCAACCUCCUUCAACAUAUUCAUAUUCAUCAAAUAAUAAUCAAUAUUCUGAUUGUCUUUCAAUGGAUUUACUCGACAAUAAUGAUUCAUUUCCUCCAAAUGUAACUAUAUCAUCUAUGAAUAAUAAUAAUUAUCAACAACAACAAAAUAAUUCAAUGAUGAUGUAUCCUCAACAUCAGCAAACACAUAUACAACAUCAUCGACCACCACCGAAUAAUUUUUAUCAUCAAUCUCCUCAACAACCAAUGUAUAAUAAUUAUGUUCAAAAACCACCAAAUCAAGUUCCUCCUCCCUAUUAUUCAAUGCCACCAAAUCAACAGCAACCACAACAACAACAACAUCAUCAUCAACAACAACAACAGCAUAUGUCACCUGUUAAUCAUCAUUCACCUCAAUUAAAUAAAAGACACGCAUUACUUCAACAACAACAACAAAGAAGUUCAACACCAAUUAAUCAACAACAACAGCAACAACUUCAAUUACAUAUGUCAAUGAAUGUUACUUUACCACAUAUGGGACCAAAUCAGCAGCAGCAGCAACAACAACACCAACAUCAACAACAGCAACUAACUCAUCGACCAAUGACGAAUGCAUACAACGAUAUGAUGAUGCCAAAUAAUACUGGUCCACCAAUGCAACAAGAUUAUCAUCAAUAUACAAAUAAUAAUCCUCUUGAUCUUCCGUAUAAUUCUGAUCUUUUCAUGUCACCAUCAACAAACAUGGAACAACAACCGGUACAAAAUCGUCAUAUGAAUGUAAUGCAACAUCAACAACCGCCUCCUCCUCAUCCGCAAGCUUCAAUGCAUCAGCCAUAUUCUAAUAUGAGCGUAGCCCUAUCGGCAACUAUACAACAACAUCCACAUAAUUCAAACAAUCUCAUGAAUCCUUCAAUACCUAAUUUAACUCCUGCUGAAUGUCGUCAAUCCGAAGAACUUAACAAUCAAAUGAUGAAUUGUUUAAGUUUUCAACCGGCACGAUGUACAAGUGAAUUUGUACGUAAACAAUUACAAAAUACAAUUCAUGGAAGACAAAAACCAACUGGUGGAAAAGAUAUACCGAAUGCAACAGGACAUAAUUCUUUAUCGGCAAAUCUUGAAUCUAAUCAAAAAGGAGCAUAUUUUCGAAGUCAAUUAUCAUCACAAAUGUCAACUCCUCCUUUACAACCGAAUAUGAGAUUACAACAACAACAACAACAAGGCAAAACAACAUGA